UACCGUAACGGAACCGCACACUGGCGGAGGCGCGCGCGAGAUAAAGGCGGCGCGUGGCGGCUCGCGCUCUCUGCUGCGUUUCAUGCGUCUCAAGUUUACACCGGAGUCUCUGGAGAAAGUUUAUCAGACGUAUUUUCUGCGGCAGAGGCAGGAGACGUUACUGGUGCUGAUCGUGUUCGCGGCACUAUUUAACGGUUAUGUCGUCAUCAUGUGCGCGGUGGUUUACUCUGAUGAUAAACUGAAGACGCUCGCGGUGGCGGCAGGUGGGCUCGCGUCGGAUAUUCUGCUCUAUAUUUUGUACCGGUUCCGUUUGCUGCCGGAGUCCGUGACCCGUGUCCUUGUGCCGUACGCGCUCUGGCUGCUCAUCACGAUCCACGUGCUGUGUUACUUCAGUUUGAACUUCGCGGGAUUUUACGCGGCCGGUGACACCGUUGGAUGGCAGACAUUCUUCCUCUUCUCCUUCUUCCUCACGCUCCCGCUGCCUCUCGCGCCCAUCGCGCUCCUGAGCGCGCUCUCGUGCUGCGCGCACACGCUACUGCUGGGAUUCACCGUAGCGCAAAGACACCAAGACAAACUACAGUUAACAGUGCUGAUCAGACAGCUGGUGGCGAAUCUGAUGCUGUAUUUUGCUGCCAUGUUUGUGGGCAUGAUGUCAUAUUUCAUGGCCGACCGUAUAUACCGCACAGCGUUCCUCGAGGCCAAACAAUCUCUGGAAGUCAAUCUUACGCUGAAGGAACAGAGUCAACAACAGGAGGAAUUGCUGUUGUCCAUCUUGCCGAAGCACAUAGCAGAUGAGAUGCUUCAGGGCAUGAAGAAAGGAGCCAAUCAGAAAUCAGAUGCUCAGCAGUUCAACACCAUGUAUAUGUACCGCCACGAAAACGUCAGUAUCCUUUUCGCAGACAUUGUAGGUUUUACACAGCUGUCUUCUGUCGUGACUCCAAAAGAACUCGUCAAACUACUCAACGAACUCUUUGCUCGCUUUGACAAACUAGCAGCACAACACCACCAGCUGAGGAUCAAGAUUCUGGGAGACUGUUAUUACUGUAUCUGCGGUUUGCCAGAUUACCGUGAAGAUCAUGCGGUCUGCUCCAUUAUGAUGGGUCUGUCUAUGGUGGAGGCCAUCUCAUAUGUGCGUGAAAAAACUCAGACAGAUGUGGACAUGCGUGUAGGUGUGCACACGGGUACUGUACUGGGUGGAGUCCUGGGACAGAGGCGCUGGCAAUUUGAUGUCUGGUCCACUGAUGUUACUGUGGCAAACAAGAUGGAGUCAGGAGGCAUCCCGGGGCGUGUGCACAUCUCUCAGAACACAAAGGACUGUUUGCACGAUGAGUUUGAGCUGGAGGAGGGCAAUGGAGGAGAGCGCUGCGAGUACCUUCUGGAGAAAGGCAUCGAAACGUAUCUGGUGCUUGUGUCCAAAGACACUCCUAAAACAAACGGAGUGACCAACGGCACAGUGCGUAUCGUGAUCAACACCUCGAAACCCAGCGGCAGCUACACGUCAGUAAAGAACAUACCUGAGGAGUCAGAAACACAGCAGCUGCAGUUGGCCAAUCCGACUAAUGAAGGGAUGGAGGGCGAUCAUCUAAACCAGCUGCUGAAUAAAGCUCUGCUGGAGAGAGAGACAGAGGAGACUCUGGAGGAGAGGAAGACGUCGGUUCUGUCUCUGAGGUUUGAGGACUCUGAUCUAGAGUCUCGUUACUCAGCAGAGAAGGAGAGACGGACGGGCGUUGCUUUCAGCUGUUGUUGUGUCGUUCUGAUCUUCACCUCAGUCAUGGAAAUGCUCAUAGACCCACAGCUGAUUGUGAAUUAUGUGACUCUAGCUGUUGGUGAGCUGUUACUGCUGAUUCUGACUCUGUGUUCACUAGCAGCCAUCUUUCCUCAAGUCUUCCCCCGGAGGCUGGUGUCUUUCUCGCAGUGGAUCGACCGCACACGCUGGGCUCGUAACACAUGGGCCAUGGCUGCCAUAUUUGUUCUGACCAUGGCUGAGGUGGCCGAUAUGCUGAGCUGUGUUCAGCCCCCUCUCGUGCUGCUGAACUCCUCGUCCGGCGUGACGCUUGAGUCUCUGGGAGACGGCGGAUGCGCGGAGAACCCCAAACACUACGGAUACAUCUCAGUGCUGUCGCUCGUGUCGACCGUCAUGCUCGUGCAGCUCAGCCAUCUGGUCAAGCUGGCACUCAUGCUGUUGGUUACAAUAGCAACAGGAGCCGUAAACAUCCACAGCUGGAUGUACAUUUACAACAUCUACGAUUUCAUUCGCUACCUGGACUACAGUUAUUCAGUGGUUCCCACCAGAUAUCUGCUGACUGUGAUGAUUAUCAUCAUGAUGAUGAGUUUCUACUACUACGCACGUCACGUGGAGAGACAGUCGCGUAAACUGUUUCUGUGGAAGAUUGAGGUUCACGAUCAGAAGGAGAAAGUGUAUGAAAUGAGAACGUACAACGAGGCGCUGGUCACUAACAUGCUUCCUGAACACGUGGCCAAACACUUCCUGGGCACCAAGAUGCGAGAUGAGGAACUUUACAGUCAGUCGUAUGAUGAGAUCGGCGUGAUGUUCGCCUCUAUUCCCAACUUCUCUGACUUUUACACGGAGGAGGGCAUAAACAAUGGAGGAAUAGAAUGCCUCCGAAUCCUGAAUGAGAUCAUCUCUGACUUUGACAGUCUUCUGGACCGCACAGAGUUUCGUAACAUUACGAAGAUCAAGACCAUCGGCAGCACAUACAUGGCUGCAUCAGGCGUGACGCCGGAGAGCAACACCAACAGAUACGCCGAGCGCAAGCUAGAGGAUCAGUCCAUCCUGGAGCGCUGGCAACACUUUGCUGAUUUGGCAGACUUUGCACUGGCUAUGAAAGUCACACUUGGAAACCUAAACAAACAGUCAUUCAAUAACUUCAUGCUGCGCAUAGGUCUGAAUAAGGGGGGUGUGUUGGCUGGAGUGAUUGGUGCUCGCAAACCUCAUUUCGAUAUUUGGGGAAACACUGUAAAUGUGGCCAGUCGUAUGGAGUCCACUGGGGUUAUGGGUAACAUACAGGUGGUGGAGGACUGCUAUAACAUCCUGAAGGAGUACGGUUUCCGUUUCGUCAGAAGAGGACCCAUCUAUGUAAAGGGAAAAGGAGAACUGCUCACUUUCUUCAUGAAAGGCAAAGACAAAUCUGUCACAAAGACGACUGCAGUCUCUCUCCCACAUCAGAUACCAAACAAAUCCUGAGACGACUGAAGAUGAGAAGGACAUUGACAUUUUAUUUUAUGUCAUUUUGGGCUUUUUCCACUUUUUUUCUAAUUGAAACAAUGAAAAACGGACAAAAAGGAGAAAUGACCACUACAGCUCAACAAGUCUGCAGCACAUGCACUAACAAAUAGACAGCAAUUUUUCUAAUGUUUGUUUUAUUUUAACAAUGUCAUUGAUACAGAUCAAAAAUUCCCCAUCUGGUCUGCAUGCUUUAUACACUUUCUGUUUUCUAAAAAAUGCUAAUAGAAUGUACUGUAUGCAUCCAUGUAAACUAUGAAUUUACAUCUGUUAUUAUUGAAAACGUUAUUGUUGGCUAUAUCAAGCCCAUAAAAAGUUUAAAGCAGACCAUGAUGAAAAUAUUAUUAUAAUAACUGGACACAAACAAACACAAUCAGGAGAUAAAAACACUACUCCAAUUCUAUCAGAUCAAAGACAUACACAUCUUUUUAAAAGAGCAUGAAAAAUGUUGUAUAUCAUUCAUAAUUUUAUAUCUUAUUAUGUUUUUAUUCUGUAUUUUUAUUUUUCAUACAGCUUAACCUGAGAACAUCACACUGAGACAAUAUUCUAAUUGACAUACAGUCAGAAAGUUUUUUAUUUUUUAGUUUUUUACUCAGUGGCAUAUUUUAUAAUCACCAUCUCCAGGUCUAUAACUCAAACCCAGCAGGCUGAUUGAAAUGUAAUGCUUUUUUUUUUUUAUCUCACAUUUUCACUCACGACUUUCAGUAUGUUUUAUGCAUAAGCUACUCUUUGAAACUCUUGGUUAUAGAUCAGAUAAUUAUGUCUCUCAGAAUGUGUGGAUUUGUAGAUUGUGGAUCUCUUUAUGCUGUUCUCAGUGUUUUAUUGUUAGACAGAAUGAGAAAAAAUAUUUAAUGUC